AUGGCAAGAACACGAUCUCAGAGGUCUACCUCUGAAACUGAUGACACUUCUAUCGCUCAUGGCAUCCCAGCCGCUCCAUUGGAUGGUCGGACAUCUCCAACCGUUCCACCUCCGUCGACCAUUCCUCCCACUUCCGCAGCUCUACCACCAUCAGUUCCUCCGGCCAUUGCUUCACUGAUUUCGCCAAUAUAUGAGAACCCAUACUCUCUUUCUCAAGGUGACCAACCAGCAUCAGUUUUGGUCUCUAACAUCCUCCAAGGUAGCAACAACUACAACUCUUUGGGGCUAUCUAUACAUGGUUGUGGGGAACAGGCCGUUUCCCUUUUCCAUAUGAUGCUAAAUGAAGGUUUGAUUCCUGAUGAGGUGGCUUUUUCAGUUAUCCUGACAGCUUGUAGCCGAUCUGGGCUGGUCGAGGAUGGUAGGCAAUUAUUUCAUUUAAUGAAAAAUGAGUACUCCAUUGCUCCUUCGCAAGAUCAUUAUGCUUGUAUGGUUGAUCUUCUCAGCCGUUCAGGAAGGUUGAAAGAAGCUUAUGAGAUUUUGAGUUCAAUGCCCAUGGAACCCAGUUCUGCUUCAUGGGGCGCACUACUUGGGGCCUGUAAGCUACAUUGUGAUGUGGAGCUGGGUGAGUUAGUUGCCAGUCGGUUGAUUGAGCUUGAACCUCAAAAUGCUGGUAAUUAUGUGCUGCUUUCAAAUAUCUACGCUGCCACCGAUCGCUGGUUGGAUGUUUCACUUGUGAGGAGCAAAAUGAGAGAGAAAUCUGUUAAAAAAAUACCUGGUCGCAGUUGGAUUAGAUCACAUGGCUAA